GUGUGCGGUGGAAACAGCCCAACAACAAAGGACACUCCAUUGUGUGCAGCAGCAACAAAAACUGCUGCAGGCACAACUGCUUCAAAGCAUUUUAUCUGGCUGGUCGCCGCUGGAGCAAUUCUGGGCAUUUUAAAGACAUUUUCUGGGCUGUCCUGUGGAACGACAGGUUUCCUACGAAACUUGUGAUAAGACAUUGCAGAGCCACAGGACUCAAGUCUGAAACCAGCCUCCCACACGGUUCGAGAAACAGCAGGCUAACUCUCCAGGAAUAGACUCCCUACUUAGAGAGAAAAAGCAACUGACAAACCUACCUGACAAGUACCAUGAAGGCUGAGGAACUCUAUUAUGAUGACCUGAAUUACUCUGGCAAUGGGACCUACCCCGACGACAGAAAUUACAGCUUUGACUACGAAGAUUAUUACUUCAUAUGUGAGAAGGAUAACGUCAGACAGUUUGCAAAGUAUUUCCUCCCUCCAUUCUACAUAGCCACGCUGAUCAUCGGGCUUGCUGGGAAUUCAUUGGUGGUGGCCAUUUAUACCUAUUACAAAAGGAUCAAAUCAAAAACAGACUUGUACAUCUUGAAUCUGGCCAUUGCUGACUUGCUGCUUCUUGUCACUCUACCCUUCUGGGCAGUCUACACAAUUCACGGCUGGGUGUUAGGGGUGGCCAUGUGCAAACUCUGCUCGGCUUUCUUCGUCAUGAACUUUAGUGCCAGCAUGCUCUUCCUGGCCUGCAUCAGUGUUGACCGAUACUUUGCCAUCUCCAAGGUGACGAGUCCACCUACCAUUGGAAACAAGGACAAGCUGGCCUGCUUGUGUGUCUGGCUGGCAGCCAUACUGCUGAGCAUCCCCGAUCUUAUUUUCACUUCAGUGCUCAAGACGGAAAUCAGGACUUUGUGCAUCUCCCUCUUCCCCUUACACAUGGUCCAGCCAGCUAAGGCAACCUUCCAGGUCUUUGAAAUCCUCCUGGGGUUUGCAAUCCCUUCCCUGGUGAUGCUGUAUUGUUACUCCGCAGUGGCCAGGGCCGUGUACAAAGCUCCGCAUGGGAAGAAACGCGGUGCAUUCAGGGUGCUCCUGGCCGUCGUGGGCGUCUUCUUCUUGACCCAGCUGCCGUACAACAUUGUCCGGUUCUGCCACCUACUCGACAUGGUGCACAUGCUCAUAAAGGACUGCGAGACCAGCAAAAGGAUGGACAUUGCCACCCAGGUGACAGAGAGCAUCGCUCUAUUCCACAGCUGCCUCAACCCCAUCCUGUACGCCUUCAUGGGAGCGUCGUUCAAAGGCUACAUCCUGAAGGCAGUCAAGGAGCACAGCUACCACCGCAGGCAUCAAAACCAGCCCAUCGCUCUCGAGUGCUCCUUCACUUCCCGGUCCCAAUCUGGACAUACCAGCAGCUUCACCAUCUAACAAUCCGACUGCAUCAAGGCUCUAGACACAAAAUUUCCCAGAAUUUCCACGGCUCUCCCACAGUAACUCCAGGGGAAACCCCCCCUCUCCAUUUCUCAUUGCCCUCCGUCCAGUCCAUUCAUUUUCAUCAUAGCCGGAGUGGGGACUAUUGGCAUUGUCUUGCUUCUUCUCUUCGAGCCUCCCUUACUCCAUAUCUCAAUGCUAUCCACCCAUCCGAUUUUUCUUCUUCCUCUUCUGUUUAGACCCUCAAUUUCUCCUUGAGCUGUUGCCGGGACAAGGCUGUUGGGUCUUGGUUUCCAAUGUCCAUCCUUGGCUGUCUGUCUCUCUCUAACUGUACUCAAAAAUCCUUUUGGUUCCUGAACGUCUACUCUUAAUCUAAUCCACACAUCCCUCUUUCUGUCCAUCCAGCUGAUUCUAAGCAUCCUCCACCAUACCCACAUUUCAAAGCUCCUCCCAUCUUCUGAGUCCAACUCUCGCUUCCAUCAGUACAACACUCCACACAGGGGACUGCACUAGACAUUUUUCCAGCUUCAUGUUCAAAAAGGUGUGUUCACUCACUGUGAUUUAAUGCUAUGUUUCUUGACGAAAUAAAGUUCUGUUGAUUUCUUAUAUAUUUCCCCUAACAUUCACUCCCCUCUCUGAGCAUCAGGGUUUUCUUUAAAACACAAAAUAUUAUCUGUAAUAACUUUACAAGUAACACAAGUGUCAUGCAAUAACCAAGAAUAGUCUAACCACCUCCCUUGGACAAUCAACAGCAUUACCAUCAUCGAAUUCCCCACCAUUAACAUCCUCGGGGUUACCAUUGGCCAGGAACUUCACUGGACCGGCCACAGAAAUACUGUGGCUACAAGAGCAGGUCAGAGGCUGGGAAUUCUGCAGCGAGUAACUCACCAAAGCCUUUCCACCAUCUACAAGGUGCACAGGAGUGUGAUGGAAUACUCCCCAUUUGCCUGGAUAAGCGCAGCUCCAACAACACUCAAGAACCUCAACACCAUCUAAUUAAAGGCAGUCUGCUUAAUUGACACUUAAGCCAACACCUUAAACAUUCCCUCCCUCCACCAACAAUGCAUGGUGGCAACAGUGUGUACCAUCCACAAGAUGCAUGACAGCAACUCACCAAAGCUCCUUAGACAGUAUCUUCCAAACCCACGACCUCUACCACCAAGAAGGACAAAAGCAGCAGAUGCAUGAGAAUGCCAUCACCUGCAAGUUCCCCUCCAAGCCACUCAUCAUCCUGACUUGGAAAUAUAUCGCCGUUCCUUCACUGUCGCUGGGUCAAACUCCAGGAAGUCCCGUCCUAACAGCAUUUGGAGUGUACCUACACCACAUGGACUGCAGCGCUUCAAGAAGGCAGCUCACCACUACCUUCUCAAGGGCAACUAGGCAUAUUCAAUAAAUGUUGACCUCAUCAGUGACACCCACAUCCCAUGAAUGAAUAUAAAUAACUUUACAAAGACUAACCUACACUAUGUGCCAAGGAUUUGUCUACAUUUUAUAUAAGUAUAUUCUAUUUCUGUAUUGGUUCUCAGAUAUUUAUUCUUUCUUUUUUGAAGUACCUGAUUGUAAUCUACCGAACAAAAUUAGAAAUUUACUCUGUCAAAAUUAGCUUUCAUGUUCAUGGAUUUCCUCAGUAUUCAACAAAGAUCAAACUAUGCUUAUAUCUUACGAGACUGCAAAAUUAAAGAUAUUUAUGCAUGUA